CCCGGCCCCCGGCCCCGGCAGCCUCCCGCCGACCGCCAUGGCUGUGCUGGACCUCGCCAUGCAGGGAGUCGCCGUGUUCGGCUUCAUCCUGUUCUUUGUGCUGUGGCUCAUGCAUUUCAUGUCCAUCAUUUACGUGCGUCUCCAUCUACACAAGAAAAGGUCAGAGGUCAAACAGUCAUUCAUGCAGUUGGCAGGAGUUUCUCUGCUGAAGCCAUUAAAGGGUGUUGAUCCGAACCUGAUCUCCAACCUGGAGACCUUUUUUACACUGGACUACCCCAAGUAUGAGCUUCUGCUGUGCAUUCAGGACAACGAUGAUCCAGCUGUUGAUGUCUGUAAAAAGUUGUUAGGAAAAUACCCCAACGUAGAUGCUCAACUAUUCAUUGGGGGGAGGAAAGUUGGAAUCAACCCCAAAAUUAACAACCUGAUGCCGGGCUAUGAAGGAGCCAAAUAUGGCCUUGUGUGGAUCUGUGACAGUGGUAUCAGAGUGAAGCCUGACACACUGACAGAUUUGACCAGUCAGAUGACCGAGAAGGUGGGAUUGGUCCAUGGUUUGCCCUAUGUUGCUGACCGCCAAGGCUUCGCUGCCACACUGGAGCAGGUGUAUUUUGGAACGUCCCACCCUCGCUCCUACAUCUCAGCUAAUGUAACUGGAAUAAAGUGUGUGACAGGGAUGUCGUGUCUGAUGAGGAAGGACGUGCUGGAUCAGGCAGGUGGAUUGGUCGCCUUCGCUCAGUACAUUGCUGAGGAUUACUUUAUGGCUAAAGCCAUCGCUGACAGAGGCUGGAAGUUCUCCAUGGCAACACAAGUGGCACUGCAGAAUUCGGGGUCAUACUCUAUUGGCCAGUUCCAGUCCCGCAUGAUCAGGUGGACGAAAUUGAGGAUAAACAUGCUCCCUGGCACUGUGUUGGAGCCCAUCUCUGAGUGCUUCCUGGCCAGCCUCAUCAUCGGCUGGGCAGCUCAUCAUGUGUUCAGGUGGGACAUGAUGGUGUUCUUCAUGUGUCACUGUUUGGCCUGGUUCAUAUCCGACUACAUCCAGCUCACUGGAGUCCAGGGUGGCCCUCUGUGCUUCUCAAAGCUGGACUUCGCCGUCGCCUGGUUCAUCAGGGAGUCAAUGGCGGUGCAGAUCUUCCUGUCGGCUCUGUGGGACCCGACCAUCAGCUGGAGGACUGGACGCUACCGGCUGCGCUGCGGCGGCACAGCCGAGGAGAUCCUUGAUGUGUAGUUGCACCAAUAACCAUCUGCCCCUUCAUUCCUCCAUUUCUUCAUCAUCCUGAUGGUUGGGAGGAUGAGGAGGCAAGUGAGAGAGACUUUGUUUUUUGUUUUUUAUGAAGGGGAAAAAAUGAGAGCAAGUGUGUGUUUUUACCUAUUUAUGUUUCUUUUGGUGCUAAAUCAAAAAAGUCAGAAGCCAAUGAGAGCACAGGAAAUAAAAAUGGGAGGGAGUGAUGCAUCAGUGAAUCAUCUGAUCUUUGGUCAGAGAAGGACAAACAGAAGAAACCAUCCGGCCUGUCGGGAAACAGGAGUUUGUCUCCCGAUUGGCUAAUUUAUUUAUUUUUUUUCCCGUCGGUUUUAUGAAGUUUGAAGUUUAUAUGGAAGCAAAUAGCAGCCAAAAUAAUUUAACUGAAUAACUGUGAACUGUUUACUAGAAAACCUGAAUCCAUGCUGUUUGAAUAUUUGUCCCUGAUUUUGUCUGAGUUCCUCCCAUAAUGUUUUCAAGUUGUGAAUUUUUAGAAACUUUAUUUCUAAGAAUAUACAAUUGCCACCUCUGUAAAAGUUGUGUUCAGUUCAGAAACUGCAUUUUGAAUAUGUGAGUUCAGAACUGUAGCGGUGUGUGUGUCCUUCAACCAACCAACUCAGUUUCACACAACAGGACAGGAUGGAAAUGAGACGCAAGUCAAAGGUUACUUUGACAUUUUCCUGGAAGGGAAACUUGGCAACUGCAACAAGCAUAAAAGUUCAUUCUGCUUUUCUUCAGCCUGUUUUAAGCUGACAAAUUAUAGAAUAUCAUCGUAGUUAUCAUUUCAAAGUCUCAGCUUCGUUCAUAAAACACCACCAUGGCGUUUCAGUGUUUAAGACUUACAGAGAAUUUUGGUCAAGAAAAACAAAGAUUUUCUGGACAGUUGGACAAAGUGUGUUUUUAAACUCGACCACCUUAAAAUGGGCAUCUGUCAAACACCAAAACCAGGAGAAAACAUUUUAACGUGCUGAGCCGCUGAAUAUGGUCGAUUACACUUAGCAAUUCAUGAUCUGCCUAAAAUACCAGAGGGAGAUGUUUCCUGUGCAGCCUGGAUGUGGACUUCAAGUCCAGAUCAGCAAAAGUACCAUGUGAAUCUGAACGUGUAAAGUCCAGUUUCUUCAAUCUGAAUUAGUAAAGCGUAAAAAUACCUAAAGAUUUGUUGAUCUGAAAUACGUAGCUAUAUGUUUCAAAGACUUAAAUAUCAGGUGGCUUUCAAAGUAGAAUUUAAAAUAUCACUUAACUCUGCAGGUCUGAUUAAUACAGCUGUUAUUUGCUUCCAUAGUUUUUUUAUGAGGAUAAAGCAAAUAAUUUAUCAUGAAGUGUUUUGGUAUUUGGUUCAAAACCAAAACUGAGAGCUAAGAGGCUCAAAAACUGCAUGUUUUACAGAAGCAUUCACCAAAGGGGAAAACACUGGAGAGGUUUCCUUGUGUGUAUAAUUUCUGCCUCAGGCUUAUGAGACAACCUGUUUGUAUCACAAGCAGUGAUUUCACAAACCUCUCCUGCAUUUUGACCAGAACAACCAGGAGCUAAAUUUAGUUCUCAGACUCAAAAGGUUUCAGACUUGGUUCUGCUGUGGCGGAGUCUUCAGGACUGAAUCUCACAGAUGUCAGGCUGCGAUAGCUGCUAGCUUGGCCGCUUCACAGCGAAGUUUAAGACGUGUAAUGGCCCUUUACUGUGAAGUUUGUCAUUAACAACAGGAGGUAUUUAGAGACAACUUCCCAGUUAGUAAAAAGAAAGUAAAACACUUCAACAGGAGAAAUAAAUGUUGUUUGCUGAUAGUUUCACAGCAGUUCAUUCUGGAGUUGGUCUUUAAAAAAACUUAUCUAGUCUGUAUUACAUCUGUCCUCGCUCAUCCCAGCUCCACAUUGAUUUAAAAAAAUGAAAAUGUGAUUUGCUAUCUGAUGUAGUCUUAUCUUCACAGUUACAAAACAAAACAAGUGAAUUAUUCCAUAAUCACAACAGCCUUGUAGAGUCUGGUCAGGGUUCUCUGUUUGGCUGAGAAGAGCACUUCUUUCAUUAAAGAUAUGAAAUACGUAGAUGUUUUUGGUAA